AGAAUAAGUUUCACUUCCUAAGGGAAAGUUACAUGCAUACUUCAAAAUUCUUAGCACAAUGUCGACAAUCGAGAGAACCAAAAGCACAAGUGCUGGCAGUUCAAACUCUGCUGUGGAGAUGAAUUCUCAGGCCACACCUCAACCAAUUGAAAAGAAGCUGGCUUUUUAUUCGAGAGAACUGAAGGCCAAACAUAUGGAGAUCGGGCGCAUCAUUUACAAGUUUAAAAAGUUGAAUAACUCCAGUAAUAUUGCGUUAUUGUCAUUGAAGCAAGAGUACAUAAAACGCAACGAAGAAUUAUUCUCCAUUUUGAGUCUUUUCGUCAGCACAAAUAAAAAACUGAUAGAUGCUCGUGAAGAGUUGGAGCACACACGAGCUAGCCUUGACCAAUUCAAGGAAAUAUUGCAAGCUUACGAAAAUAAGGUGUUCACCCUUGAAGAAGAGAAUAGAAGACUACGAUCAUUGAGGAGACGUACUAAUCUAGGAACCAAGUAAUCCCUCUUAUGCGUCAAGGACAUAUGAAGAACAAUAAAUUUACUUUAUAAGUUUGUGAGAAAACAUGCAUUUUG